AUGUCAGGCGUUGCUGCUAUCGUCAGUUCUCUAGAUCCACAUGAAGUGUGGCUUUACACUCCCACUGCGGCGCAGCAACUGGGCCUGGAAGUUCGACGUAUUGAUACGGAGAACUAUGAUCCCUUCCGUGAUUAUGGAGCCGUCAAAGGUCCCGUUCGUCUAACAACUGGAUUGGCAGCUGUCAUUCACAACAGGACGACUACCGUCUACGGCAUCACUAACUACACCGAUGCAAAGGGGAAUAAAGCCAGUACUGUGUCCAGCCUUUCCCCCGUUUACAACCCCAUCGACGCCACUACCACCUCUGUUGCUGAUCCUGGCGAUUACAACGCCAUAGCGGCAGCCUCUGAUGGGGAGACCUCUGACUACGUUUACUUUCUCCAGGAUCCCGAGGGCGUCUCACAGAAGCCGCUGAUUACCGAAUACGGGUUCCAGCAGUCCACUAUGGGCACCCGCUACGUUUACACUGGACUGAAUCCAGACCCGAGCUCCAACCUGGCAGCUGUCAUAGAGAAGUCCAAAGGAACCCGCAUGAUGAUUUUCCAAAACUAUAAGGACGCCACGUUGUACUAUGCUUGGUCAAACACAAAGUCAAGUGGGUCGGCUUCCAAGAGGCACAAGAACCCCAUCACCGGGUCCAACAAUGCCGUCUUGGGCACCCCGCUUGCGGCCACUCUGAUCCCCUUCCCGGACAGUACCUUCGAGGUAUACCUGUACUAUGUCGACAAUACCCAACAGCUCUGGCGGGUUAUUUACACUGGUACGCAGCCUGUCGGUGGAUGGGGCUCACCGACAGCUGUAGGAGCAGUCACAGAUGUGGAUCCCUCCUCGGGCCUGGCAGUCGUGUCUGACAAGACUGGCAACUACAUUUUCUUCAAGGCGAACCCCAACAGAUACAACUAUUACCACGACUCGUUCAAACAGCCUAUCUUGGGUGAAGACGACGCUAAUGAUGGCCACAACGAAGGCGUUGAACGUGGUUGUAACUAA